AUGGCGUACGAUCGGUACACCCGCGGAACUCCGACUUUCGACGACCUAGACGAUCGCGAUGCGCCGUACGGCGAUCCGACCGCGUCGUCCGACAACGACGGCGUUCCCGACGUCGUUAAGACGUUCGUCGCGUUUCUCUACCGUCACAUUCGCGAAAACAAUGUCUACGAGAUCCACCAGAUGUACGAGAACAGCUUCCACAAGUUAUCGCAGCGACUCUUUAGCGAAUCGCCGUGGCCGACGGCGGAGGCGAUCGCGCCGGUGGUGGAUCACGACCACGUGUUCUGCCUGCUGUAUCGCGAGCUCUACUUCCGCCACGUGUUCGCGCGGCUCCAGCCGACGCUGGAGCAGCGGUGCGAGUCCUGGGAGAAUUACUGCAGCCUGUUCCAGGUGGUGCUGUUGGGGAAUCUGAACGUGCAGCUGCCCAACGCGUGGCUGUGGGACAUGGUGGACGAGUUCAUCUACCAGUUCCAGUCCUUCUGCCACUUCCGCGCGAGAGUCAAGAGCCGCACCGAUGAGGAGAACGCGGCCCUCAAGCAGUGCGGAAAUGUGUGGAAUGUCUACGGAGUGCUGAACUACCUGCACGCCCUCGUGGCAAAAUCGAAUAUUCUCGCAAUUCUCGAUGAUGAUUCGGACGGGGGAGCAGCAGCCAUGUUCCUGGCGACGGAGGGCUACGACAUGACCGGAGCAGGGGGCAGCAACGUGGAGCGCGUGUUGGGGUACCUGUCUCUGGUGGGGCUGCUGCGCGUGCACUGCCUGCUGGGGGACUACCACACAGGUCUCGUGAAGCUGUCGCCUAUUGAUGUUGGGAGGCCGGGCGUGUUCCAGCGAAUCACGGGCUGCCACAUCACCGCCAUGUAUUACUAUGGCUUCGCCAGCCUGAUGUUACGCAGGUACGUGGACGCCAUAAGGGCAUUCAACCAGGUGCUCCUGACGCUCUCCAAGGCCAAGCAGUAUCACGAGUCGCUCCCCCAGUAUGACCAGAUUCUCAAAAAGACCGAGCAGAUGUACGCGCUUCUCGCCAUCUGCCUCUCGCUCUGCCCGAACGGAAAACUUUUGGAGGAGUCGGUCAACGGGCAGCUGCGCGAAAAGUUUUCGGACAAGAUCCAGAGGAUGCAGCGCGGCGACGAGGCAGUUUUCGACGAGCUGUUUUCGUUCGCCUGCCCGAAGUUUGUCACGCCUGCCCCUCCGGUGGAGGAUGGGGGAGAGCCGGUCAAUUACAACCAGGACGCCUACCGUCUGCAGCUGAAGCUCUUCCUGGCGGAUGUGCGCUCUCAGCUCGCCCUGCCAGGCCUGCGAUCUGCCCUCUCUCUCUACUCUGCCAUCUCCCUGCCCCGCCUCUCCACCUUCCUGGAUGUUUCCGAGACCACCCUCAGGACCGCGCUGAUCACCCUUCGCCACAAGAACACGGUUGUGGAGGCGGAUGGCUCGGUGCUGCCCAAUGCUGAGCUGGACUUCUACAUCGAUGAUGAUUUGGUCCAGGUGGUUGAUCGUAAGACCACAAGGCGGUUUGGGGACUAUUUCAUCAAGCACAUUCUCAAGUUUGAUGAGCUUGCAGGGCAGCUUGAGAACGUUCAGCUAGUAGUGUAA